CAACCCCGGCCCCCAAAACCCUGUGCGCUCCAAGGCAGAGAUGGGAGAUGGCGCCAGUGCUACCGCUGGUGCUGCCCCUCCAGUCUAGAAUCCGCCUGGCGCAGGGUCUCUGGCUCCUCUGCUGGCUGUUGGCACUGACCGGUGGCCUCACCAUCCUCAUUAGUGGGCACCUCCUGGUCCAGCUGUGGCACCUUGGCACCUUCCUGGCUCCCUCCUGCCUGUUCCCUGCCCUGCCCCAAGUUGCCCUGGCAGCAGGAGUAGUGGUUCUGGGCACAGGGCUGAUGGGUGCAGGAGCCAGCCGGGCAAGUCUGAAUGCAGCUCAAUAUCCUCUCUGGCGAGGGGUCCUGGGCCCACUGUUGGUGGCCGGCACAGCGGGGGGUGGAGGCCUCCUGCUUCUCGCCCUGGGACUGGCCCUGGGUUUGCCCUGGAGUCUGGGAGCAGGCCUGGAGGAAGGCCUGGGGACUGCCCUGGCUCACUACAAGGACACGGAGUUGCCUGGGCACUGCCAUGCCAAGCGACUGAUUGAUGAGCUGCAGCUGAGGCACCACUGCUGCGGCCGCCAUGGCUAUAAGGACUGGUUUGGAAUCCAGUGGGUCAGCAGCCGCUACCUGGACCCCAAUGACCAGGACGUGAUUGACCGGACCCAGAACAAUGUGGAAGGCCUAUACCUGACCGAUGGGGUCCCCUUCUCCUGCUGCAACCCCCACUCACCCCGGCCUUGCCUGCAGAGCCGCCUCUCAGACCCGUACGCCCACCCCAUCUUCGAUCCCCGCCAGCCCAACCUAAACCUCUGGGCCCAGGGUUGCCACGGGGUGCUGCUGAAGUACCUACAGGGCUGGGCAAGCACCGUGAGCGGCAUGCUGGCCGGCACCUUCCUGCUGCAGGCUCUGGUGCUCCUGGGCCUGCGGUACCUGCAGACGGCGCUGGAGGGGCUCAGGGGUAUCAUAGAUGGGGAAGGAGAGACCCAGGGCUACCUUCUUCCUGGGGGCCUGAGAGAUGUGCUGAAGACAACCAGGUGGAAGGGAAGGGCUGCCCACAGGCCAGCCCCUGAGGACACCCCUGCGACAGAGGCAUCUCCUGAGGAGGGGGCUGCCUGA